GCUUAAUCACACAGUCAGCUUCAAGCAGUUGGUGUUUUUCGGCGUUUUGUUAUCUGUGUUAUUGCGCGUGCGUUUUUUUUUCACCUAUUUUUUUUUUUUUUUUUGAAAUCGUUUUAAUUGGUUUUCAUUUCACCCCCCUCUUCAGUUCGCAAAAUUUUACCCUCGCGGAGAUAUGUUAUUGUGUGUGAUUGGUGUUGAUAAUAUUCGCGAAUUUACUAUUUAAUUGUUCAUUCUCAAUUUUUUAUUAUUUUGGUUUCGAUUUCGCGAGAGUUUAUUUUUGAAAAUUUUUGCAUUUUUUGAGAAAUUUUUUUUGUUUUUAAAACGCGAAAUCGCGUAAGUGAAUUUUGUUUGUGCGGUUUGCAAUUCAGAGAGGAGGAAAAUUGCAUCGAUUUGCAAACGACGAUUAAAAUAUGGACAAGCCCGGUUAAAUAUUUGGCCCAUUUUUACCUGUGCAGCUCGUCGCAGUCAGUAUGAGGUGUUACUCCAUUCUGCUCUCAAAUUUUUUCAUCAGUUUCGCAUUCAUUAUUGGAUUACUUCAGUCUAUACCGGGAGGCAGAUGUUCGGGUACAUUUGAGCUGCAAAUCUUGGAAAUUGAAAACCUUCGCGGCGAAGUAUCUGGAGGCGAAUGCUGUGGAAGUGGGUCUCGGCUUCGUGUAUCGCGUGGCGGAGCUAGCGGGAGCAGUGGCACUUCUUCGGCCGAUAAAGAAGACACCUCAUCCUCGACGACUGCUUGCACAGUCGCAUGCCGGACAUUUUUUAAAGUCUGUUUGAAGGAGUAUCAAAACAAUAUGUCAGCAACGUCCGACUCGUGUUCGUACGGCAACACUUCUAGUCCUGUGUUAGGAGCCAACUCCUUCACAUUAGCUGAUCCGGAUCGAGCGAACGGAAAAUUAAUCAUACGCUUCAAAUUCAGUUGGACGAGAGCGUUUACCUUGUGGUUGGAAGCUCUGGAUUUGAAUAACCAUACGACACCCGGUACUGUUAAGUUAAUCGAAAAAGCCACUUAUUCCGGCAUCAUAUUACCAAGUUCCGAAUGGCAUACGUUGAAUCAUCACGGCAACGUUGCCAAAAUUACCUACAGAAUUCGAGUACAAUGCGAUAAACAUUAUUUUAAUUCAACUUGCAUGAAAUUUUGCCGACCAAGAGAUGAUAAAUUUGGUCAUUAUACCUGCGAUCCGAAUGGCGAUAAAGAAUGUAUAGCUGGCUGGAAAGGGGCGAAUUGUGAAAUAGCUGUUUGCAAGACUGGAUGCCAUUUAGAUCAUGGGAGAUGUGAUCAUCCCGGAGGAUGCGAAUGUCGACCAGGAUGGAGAGGAGAAUUUUGCGACCAAUGUCAACCAUAUCCAGGAUGCAAGCACGGCUUUUGUAAUAAACCUUACGAUUGUAUUUGUAACACCAAUUGGGGCGGAAUGCUUUGCGAUAAAGAUUUAAAUUACUGUGGCACCCACGAACCGUGUCAAAAUGGCGGAACUUGCAGCAAUACAGCGCCAGAUCAAUACAUGUGCACUUGUCCGGAAGGAUUAUCCGGAUCUAGGUGCGAAGUAGUCAUAAAUCCUUGUGUAACGGGGCCCUGUGUGAAUGGCGGUACUUGUAUAGAGAAUUUGGAAAACCAGAAUCAUUACCAAUGUUUGUGCCCGCCUGGUUGGACUGGCAGCGAUUGUAGUAUUAAUAUCGACGAAUGUGCUUCUUCUCCUUGCCAAAACGGGGGCACAUGCGUGGACGCUAUAAAUGGCUACCAGUGUCUUUGCUCAUCCAAUUGGGAAGGUGAUCAUUGCCAAUUAGAUGUGAACGAAUGCGAAGCCACAAAACCUUGUAAAAAUGCGAUCUCAUGCCAAAAUCUGCCCGGAGACUAUCAAUGUGAAUGUGUAAAAGGUUUCAAAGGUAAAAAUUGCGAACAGAAUUUGAACGAUUGUGUCGGCCAAUGCAAAAAUGGAGGUGUUUGUAUAGAUUUAGUCGACGAUUACUACUGCAGUUGUUCAGCCGGAUAUACUGGUAAAGAUUGUCAAACUGAUAUCAACGAAUGCGAAAACAGUCCCUGUAAAAAUGGCGGAGAAUGUGAAGAUUUGCCCAACGGUUUCCGUUGCAUUUGUCCAGUUGGAUACGCGGGAGAUUUCUGUCAAAUCGACUACGAUCACUGCAGUCCGAAUCCUUGCGCCAACAAUGCCACUUGCUUGAAUAUGCCCGAAGACUACUACUGCCACUGCACCGAACCCUGGCAAGGGAAGAACUGCACCUCACCGAAAGUGCAAUGCACUACACCACCAUGCGACAUGGAAGAAGGUGGAUGUUUACUAGAUGGUCAACCAUUUCCGAAUAAUUCAAACUGGAAACAUAAAUGCAACACUUGCGGCUGUCUCGAUGGACAAGUCAGAUGCACAAAUGUCUGGUGCGGAUCCACCAACUGUUAUUCUUCGCCUUUGAACGGAUGUGGAACUUAUCAGAUAUGCGUAACAAUCACAAAGAACUGCCUAUCACCUCCAUGUUACGCUUACGGCGAAUGCAGAAAUCUCCUAAAUGGAAAAGUCAGUCUACCGUCGAUUCCAGCUCCGCCAACAUGUCAGCCUAAUCAAGCUGUAUCGUCUGAUUACUGCAUGCGAAUGUCUUUAUUCGUCGAUAUCGCCAAACUCAGGCCUUCGGUGACUACUGAAGAUCUGUGCAAUGAAAUCCGAGCUCUGGUAUCCGGUCACGAGGCUAGUAAAAAUACCCAUUUCGAGAUAGUGGUUCUAUGCGAUUUGAAAUUAGGCUUCAACGAUACAGUCGAGGUUACUUUGUCGAGCUCCGAAACCGUAGAAAGCAGCAACGCUUUGAAAGAUCACGUUAAAUUCAUCGGCGAACAAAUUAGUCGGAAACAAGUAACGAAUCAAUCCAUUCUGUAUUCGGUUAUAUCAGUGGUUGAAACAAUAAAACCAGAAGAAACGAUACUGAUAACAGAAAACAAACAAGCUUACACCGGCAGCUACAUCGUUGUAUUCCAAGUAUCAGCUGUAGCUAUAUUCCUCCUGUGUGCGGUGAUCUUCGCCAUAAUCUACUGCAACCGGUGUUCGAUUUACAAAGCAACUCUACCACCGCAUAAUUGCGAUAUACGAAACUGCGAAGAAGAGAAAUCCAAUAACAUGCAAAACGAAGAGAAUUUCCGCCGAUACGCUAAUCCUUUGAAAGAAGAUUCGUCUUGCAAUCUGAACACGAACGUUGUCGAUGUUUCAACUCGAAUCAAUGUGGUCAGGCCUAUUUCUCGAACCUCCAGCGGUGAAAUAAUGGAGAUGAUUAACGACUCCGAUACCACGAAAGGUGUUUCGAAUAAAGCUUUGUUAUCUAAAACGCAGAAUACAGAGUUUCAAAAGCAUUCGUUAAACAAUAAUUGUUGUUGUUCUUCGAAAGAAGCUGCGGCAACGAAACCUUUGAAUAUUAAAAUUGUUCCUUUUGUACCGAGGACUAUACCGCAGAAUUGCGACAAUUCUGUUUUAGUUUAGGACAUAGAUAUAGGUAAUUAGUUGUUGAAUAUUUUUAUAUUAUUGUUCCAUGUACUUGUACAGUUUGCAAUUUAUAUUGGUGAUCACAAUUCAUCGAUCGAUUCGUCGUUUUCCCCUCGCAUAAUUAAUCCAAGAUUGUAAUCGUUAGUUUUAAUAUUUUACUUACUCGAUCCAGAAUAUAAUAGACAAUCUUCAAGUUCACUCGAGUUGUAAUUAGAUAUUAUUAUUUGUACGAGAAAUUAUUCUAUCUGUGCCAUUAAUUAGUUAUGAAAAAAUACACAAAUUUUCGGUGGAUUCCUAUAAAUAAUACACAAAGAAAAAUGAUUAAAAAUAUUUACCAAGGCACUAAAAACACAUUAUUACAUUUAAUCCAUUGUGAUGGCGUUUACAUUAAUUUGUAUACAUUUGAGAUCUCUGUAUGAAUUAUUUUCUUUACCAAUUUAUUUAAUUUAUUAUUGAAUGUUGAAAAAUGUUAUUUUUAAGUUUGUAUUUGUGCAGUUGAAUAGAAUAUUUAUGUGAUUUUUUGUAAUUUGUAAUAUAUUUAGGAGAAAUUAUUUCUCCGUUGUAGUAAUAAUUUUUGUACGGAAUUAUAAUGCUAAGUUGUAAGUAGGUUUUGUAAAUUUAUGUAAAUUGUUACUUUUUUUUAUAAAUUUUUGUUUGUUGUGUAAAAUCCUUAAAAGCAUUUACUAUACGUACCAUUAAUUUUAUUGUAGUAGAGAGUAUUGUUUAUAAAACAUGAAUAUACCAAGCUGUACUUUUUCUUAUUCCGUUUGAUUUGAAGUUUUAUGAUUCGAAAUCUUCUAUGUAGAUAUAAAUUGAAUGUAUUUGUUUAAUGUUUACUGAGAAACUUGAUGUAUGUUUUUUCAUUUUUUCCAUACAUUGUGUAAAUCUUGUUACGAAUGAAUUUGUAUUUUUAUACUACAUAAGGGAGUAACGCAAAAUAUAAUAAAGAAUAAAGAUUUUCAAAGUUGAA